AUGUGGGUGCUGGCUUUAGGUGGGGUUUUCCUGGCAGUGGGCCAGGCCUGUAUCUUUUGUCGCCUGCCAGCCCAUGACUUGCCAGGCCGCCUGGCUCGGAUCACCAGCGGAAUAGAUGCCCGGUGGAAGGAUUGGGCUGUCCCAGAUUUCUCAGCCUUUGCCUUAGAUGAGCUAACCAUGAACAAAGUCACAGAAAAGACUCACAGAGUCCUGAGGGUGAUAGAGAUCAAAGGGUCCCUCUCUUCACUUCUUCCCUACUGGCAAUGGCUUCAAAAGACCAAGAUCCCCCAGUACACCAGGGAAGGUCUCUGCGCCCCCGCCUGCCCGCACUUCCUUCUGUCUCCGGCAGGGGGCAGCACCAUCCUGUACAAUUGCUCCACCUGCGAGGGCACCGAGGCGCCCUGCUGGCCCCGAAAGCGCUGUCUCCCAGGAAGUCAUGAUCUGUGGAAAGCCAGGAUUGUGCUCUCCUCGAUCGUCGGAGCUGCCCUGCUUCUGGGUGGCCUGAGCCUCCAGGUGGAGGCCCUCUACCUCAGGGCAAAAGAUGACUUGUGA